AUGGAGCUCUGUACAGGCGGCGAGUUAUUCGAUCAUAUAAUAACGAGAGGACACUAUAGCGAGCGCGCAGCAGCGGAAGUCCUCCGUGUGAUUGUAUCGGUGGUGAGGUAUUGCCAUGCCAACUACGUGAUUCACAGGGACUUAAAGCCCGAGAACUUUCUUGUAUCGAGCGACGAGGAGGGCGCGCCGCUUAAAGCCGUCGACUUUGGUCUUUCCGCCUUCUAUCGUCCAGGCCAUCCGCUGCACACAGUAGCGGGCAGCGCAUUCUACAUGGCGCCAGAGGUGAUCCGAGGCGGCUACGGCCCGGAGGCGGACCUGUGGAGCGCGGGGGUCGUGCUCUACAUCCUGCUCUCGGGAUCUCCGCCCUUCUGGGCAGAGGAGCCGUGGCCGCAGGUGUCGUCGGAGGCAAAGCAGCUGGUGCUGAGUCUGCUGCAGCAGCAGCCAGAGAGGCGACCCACUGCAGCACAGCUCAUGGAGCAUCCGUGGGUGAGGGAGGGGGGAGUGGCGGCAGACACGCCUCUAGCUCCAGCAGUCAUCACUCGGCUGAAGCGCUUUGCAGCCAUGAACCGACUCAAGCGACUCACUCUCACACUCAUCGCCUCGCACGUGUCUGACGCUGAGGCCAUGGGGUUGAGAGAGAUGUUUAAAGCCAUGGAUGGGGAUGGCAGUGGGACGAUCUCCUUGGCUGAGCUCAGGGAUGGGGUUGAGAGGCUCGGAGAUACCGUGCCUAAGGAGCAGCUUCGGCAAAUGAUGGCAGCGGCUGACGUGGACAGCAGUGGCAGCAUUGACUAUAACGAGUUUGUGGCAGCAACCAUGCGAGUCAGCAGGGAGACCAGAGAGGCUCACCUGCAGCAGGCUUUUGCGCACUUUGACACCGAUGGCAACGGAUUCAUUACAGGGGAUGAGUUGCGCAGUGCACUGGAGAGCGAAGCUGGGAGUGCUGGGGUUGGGGAGGAGGAGAUAAAGAGAAUAUUUGCUGACGUGGACGCUGAUAAGAACGGCAAGAUUGAUUUUGCUGAGUUCUGUGCCAUGAUGGAAGAAACAACAACCAAGAUGGAGCAAAACACAAACCUCAGGAAAUGA